CGCAAACGCUCCCAAAACAUUGAGCGUGAGUCAAAUGAAGGAGCAAAACAACAAGAGUAGAAAAGACAGCUGAUGUAAUGGCAGGACGACGAAGUUAGGAAGGGUUUGAUUACAUGCAUUCUUAAAUAACCUACAAAAACUUUCUUUCUGAACCCACUGCAACUCAAGGUGAAUUAUUUCUUUUAUUAAACAUAAAAUGAAUCUAAUCGAAUCAACUGAUGAAGCAUCCGGGGAAGUUUUAUUCGUUAAUUUCAACCAAGAUUGCACAUCACUAGCUGUUGGUACCAAGAAUGGCUUUAAAUUAUAUGCUUUCAACUCUGUUGAUAACUUGGAAAUUAUUCAUGAAUCCCAAGAACCUGCCGAGGACAUCCGUAUCAUUGAGAGACUCUUCUCCUCUAGUCUGGUUGCACUCGUUACUAACUGUGCUCCUCGAAAACUCAAAGUGUGCCAUUUUAAAAAGUGUUCCGAAAUAUGUAACUAUAGCUACUCAAACACCAUCUUAGCUGUUAAACUAAACAGACAGAGACUUGUAGUCUGCUUAGAAGAGAGCCUUUAUAUCCACAAUAUAAGGGACAUGAAAGUUCUGCACACAAUUAAAGACACUCCUCCUAACCCAUCUGGAUUAUGUGUCCUUUCCGUUUGUAACGAAAACAACUAUCUCGCUUAUCCUGGAAGCAGCUCAAUCGGUGAAGUACAAAUUUUUGAUGCAUUAAAUUUGCAAGCAAAAUCCAUGAUUCCAGCUCAUGACAAUCCUCUUGCUGCCAUGGCAUUUGACCCUACGGGAACUAAAUUGGCUACAGCUUCUGAAAAAGGUACUGUCAUAAGGGUCUUCAAUGUCUUAGAUGGAUCUAAACUCUAUGAAUUCCGCCGUGGCAUGAAAAGAUGUGUUAGGAUAUAUUCAUUGUCCUUCAGUGAAGAUUCUAAGUAUCUGAGUGCUUCUAGCAACACAGACACUGUUCACAUCUUUAGAUUGGAAGAGCUGAAAGACGUGAAGCCCUCUGAAGACCCCCAAAGCUGGUUGGGACUGUUUGGUAAGGCCAUCAUCAGUUCAGCCAGUUACCUUCCCACACAAGUGGCUGACAUGUUGUACCAAGAACGGUCCUUUGCAAAUGUUCACCUUCCCUUCUUUGGAGUGAGGAACAUAUGCACACUAGCAACAAUUGAGAAAAUUCAACGUGUUCUUGUGGUGUCUGGAGAAGGUAAACUAUAUAUCUAUGAUUUGGAACCAAUUGAAGGAGGAGAUUGCACUUUUGUUGUCUCUCACAACCUUAUUAAUUUGACAGAAAAGAGCGUCAUAAUGAAACCUGGUGAAUCGAGCACCGAGAAUUCCCCACCUGCUGCCCUACCAGAUUCACCGAGUGUCAGACGACCUUUUCAGCCUGGGAGUACAAGUUAUGCGGCCAUUGUGCGAGGAGGGGACACAGGUACAGCCCAAGAAACUGAUCAAGAAAGCCACAAGGAUGCCCACUAUGCUCAUUGUGCUAAAGACCUCUACGAAAACGAAUUUCCACCCAUGAAUCAUAAAAAUGAGAUGUAAACCUUUUUUUAAUCUCUGCACAACCACACACAUAUCACCUGCUGCUGCUGACUGUGGACUUUCUGGCAAACUGAUUUAAUAUACUUUAUUGUGUCUCAAGCAAUCACAAUUUGUGUCAAAAUGUAUGUAAAGUAAUAUUUAUUACACAAACCUUAAGCAAAUUGAACUAUGAAAGAAAAUUCAGCAUCUGUGA